CUCGGUCGAAGAGGAUCCCUCUUUCGACCCGCGAAAGACCAUAUAACCUUUCGAGUCUACACGUCGAUUUUGAAGUUUUGGAGCCAAAAUGGCCGCGGCAACGUUGAUGAGAAAAAUAGGUUCGGCUAUUAACGAAGCGGCUAUCGGAAGCCGCAUCUCCAGCGGAUGGUACGACCCUCACAUGGCGGCUGCUUCUCGCGCUGUCGUCGAACGAAUUCCACUAGUCGAUUUUGUUCUCGAAGUUAGAGAUGCUAGGGUUCCGAAGACGUCUGAAUAUGAACUCAUGAAAAAUUAUCCACCAUCAUCAAAACGAAUCAUUAUAUUGAACAAGACGGACCUGGCGGAUCGAUCACAAACAGAGGCCUGGACCCGAUUUUUUGAAGAUCACAACUGCAUCUCUUAUGGCGUUAAUUCCCAUAAUAAAGAGAAUAUUAGGGAGUUCUUGACUUUUCUUCAAGCUAGAGUUAGAGAAUUGAAGAAGAGCGGUCACUCUAGUCAUGCCACCACGAUGAUGCUGGUUGGAAUUCCAAAUGUUGGUAAGUCGGCCCUUGCCAACUCUCUGCAUCAAAUUGGGAGAAUUAGUGCAGCAGAAAAAGGGAAGUUGAAGAAUGCAAUAGUGAGUCCGCAGCCUGGUGAAACAAAAAAUAUCAGCAGCUUGAAGAUAGCUAGUCAUCCCAAUAUUUAUGUAUUAGACACCCCUGGAAUUCUUCCUCCCAAGAUUCUCAACAUCGAGGUCUGUUCCAAGCUUGCUUUAACAGGGGCAAUUAGAGACAUCUUAGUCGGGGAGCAAGUAGUAGUACAGUACCUUUUAACUCUUAUCAACUCAAGUGAUAAAUAUAAGAAGUGGGGAAAUUUGUCUGCCACGGACAGCUUGUUGGAGCGUUCAACUUGCUCAAGUUUAGAGAAACAGAAAAGGGGGUAUCCGUCUGAUCAUACGCAGGACAUUAUUGUAAAUGAUGUUCGUAGAAUUCUCUUUGAGACCAUUUCCACUUUUGAUGGUAAUUUGGAGGAUGAAAAGGGCAUGGGAAAUCUUAUUGAGACACAAUUGCUUGCUCUGCACAAAGCUUUGCACGUUCCUAUGGGUUUUGACAAUGAUUCUCCUAUCAAGGUUGCUUCUAAACUUCUGAAUCUUUAUCGUACUGGGAGGCUUGGUCGUUACACAAUUGAUUCUUUACCUAAUAAUACCUAGUGAACAAAAUCUUGUAAAAUUAUGUUUUUCAAGUGUUAUGUCAUUGUAACUUUGAACUGAAGGUAGGAGGUUUAAAUCUUUAGUCUCACAUAUUUUUUAAAUUUUAUAUAAAAGAUUUUAGUACUA